UACAAUUAAACUGAAGUUAAAGAACAAAGCCUUAACUUUGCAAAUAAUAACAAGAACAGUCGAAAUGCUUAGCUGAUGGCGGCUAGUAGUAGUAGUAAUGAUAGUAGUUCUGCACCCACGGAUUUUUACCUUUCUUCAUCUCUAAGUUCCAACAACGGUAGAGGAAGUGUUUUUGGGGGUGAAAAAUGUCCACUGUGUUUUCAUAGCAAACGAGCCUUUUUUUGUCAAGACUGCAUUCGAAACGGGGAUUUCACGCAUUCCAAAUCAAGAUAUCCAGAAAGAUAUGCAGAAAAGAAGUUGAAGUUGUUUAAAGGAUCUCAAGAAAAAUCUGUUCUACUAGAAAGUUGUAAAGACAGGUUCUCAUCUCAAUCUAGAUUUCGACAUCUGGCAUCUAAAAAGCAGCAAAUACUUCGAAGAAUUGAACUACUGGAGCUCUCGUUAAAGGAAAAUAAAGAAAUUUUACAAGCAGAGAAGUCUAAGUUUCAAACACAUGUGGAGGACAUCCAGAACUUGACCAAUAAAGUUCCAAAAUACAAGGAGAAGCUACAGAAGAUAUGGCGCUACAUUAGCCAUUGUCAAAAUACAACCGAAGCACAACGAGAGCUGUUACAGUCAGUGACUACAAACUUAAAGUCUGUCGUAAGGGAAAACGUUUCUCAGUUAACCACGUGGAUUUUUCCUGUGAAGGAGAUAGACUCCAGACAAAUUAGCCAGGAUAAACUGUUGGACUGUAUGACUGUUGGACUGUAUGAAACUGUUGGACCCGUAGCAGAUCUAGCCGAAGCCCAGCAGACUACUUACGUUAAGGGCAAGUGGAUUUACACAGACGACAAUUGGGACCUCCAGUACCAGAUUGUCAAGUCCUGCUUGAAUGGGAAUGGAGAUUACUCUGCUUACUCUGUCUGGGUUACCCAGCACAAAGAAUCUGUACCAAGUGGAUCAGGAGAGAGUUGUUUAAGAAACCCAGGGUAUAACAUUGCUGCAGCCUUAACACACCUCACACAGUUAGUGUCUGUAUUAGCUUUCUAUCUGAAUCAACAACUGCCACAGAACUUAUGCUACAGCGAGUUUUGCAGUCAUGAGCUCACGGAGGAACAGUUUGCACACAAAGUGGCCAAGUUGAAUGCAAACGUUCUUCAUCUCUGUUUAUCUCAGAACAUUGAUUCAAAGCUUCUGAGUCCUCGGCAGACGAUUCCAAACCUCCUCCUCCUUUUGGACCCUAAUGCAAGUGAUCUUGGGAGGUGUGGUGUGUAUGAAAUUAGCACACAACUUCUAGAUUCGGUGGAGAAAUCCCUUGAAAAGGACCUCCAGCUCACUGAAGAACACACUAUGGGCACAGAGGAUGCGGACUUUGCUGGAGAGUGGGAAACAGUGUCAGAACUUCCUGCAAUUGAAGAGGUGACAUUUCCCACUAGAGGGAGCCAUAGCACUAUGACAGUAGUCCAUUCACAGACUCACCCCAUCCAUCAUCCUGAUGCCACAACUAGUAUUGCAGGUGGACUUAUGUCCUCGGCAGCAGCAUCGGUUGCAUCCCUCUGGCGAGCUGCAACAGGACAGAAAUGAAGAACUGAGCUGAAGCUCUGUUUUUUUUAUGAAGAUGGACUGCUUCUACCAUCUUGGACAGACAAGAUGCUACUGAACAUAAAGAAUGAUAACCAUCUAAUGCAAAGGAAGAAGAAAAACACAGAAAAAAGUACUUCACAUUAACAAGUUGUGAUAGAAUUAUACUGUUAUGAAGCUUCUUCUGUCAAAGAUUAUAAAUCUGUGACGAGCUUGUUAGUUUUUAGUAACAAUUAUUUCAAGAAAAGACUAGAAAAUACAGUGUCUUUCGAGUUUUAUUUAAAUUUAAUAAUUGUUGAUACAAAGAUACUUGGGACUAGAAAUAUCCAAGUAGUUAUGACAACAAUUUGAUAUGCUAAGAAAGCAAAUCAGCUUAAAAAAUGAGUGAUAUUGUCAGUUACAUGAAUGUCAAUUUCUGAUUGGAUGGAAUAAAAAAUUCUUGCUUGUCAUUGGUCACUUGAGAUGCACAGUAUUGUAUUAAAAAUAAAAGUUAGCUACAUCUCUCGGUGAUCAACUUGUGUUAGUUGUUUUAGAACAUGUUCAAAACCUAACUUCUUUUUCAGAAAUUUUGUUAAUUGUAUUUUUGAAACAGACAAGAGAACAUUUUAACAUUAUGAUUGAUAAUUUUCGUUUUUCAUACAGUGUCUUUACAAAAUAAAAUAUAACCUUACUUAUGUUGCUUUAUGUCUUCCCAGUAAGAAUUAGUAAAUUAAUGUAAAAUAAUUAUAGUAUUUACCUUUUACUAAUAUGGUACAUAAAAUCUGCUUGAGAACCAUCAUUAAUAUUAAAUUCUAGUGGAAAUGUUGUAAUAUGAAUUUUAAAUUACCAUAUUUGAUACUUUUAAUAAUCAGUGUUCCACGUGAUACACAUUUCAGUUUGGCAUACUGAUAUUUAAUUCAUGGUCCUCAUAUAGUUUUUUGUUGCUGGCAAAGGGAUUAUUUACAGUCUAAAUAAUUUUUGUGUUUUAUUUUUUAUCUGUGAAACAAGUUCUUGUCCAGGGAAAAACUUUUCCUGGAUUAUUAUAUAUAAAAGAAGUAUUCCAUAGUUGCAUGGAGAACAGUUCUAAUCCAAUGCAUGUUCACCUGUGCUAGUUAGUCUUAAGUCAUCACCUUGGACAGAUAAGUUUUACUUUCAUAAAUCUUGUGUAACCACCUUAUCAAAAACUUAUUUUUGUGUAUAUUUUAAUUUUCUGUGAAAAAUUAAUUUAAGUAAACAUAAAAAAUUGAAAAAUGUGUCAAAGCAGUUUCUUUUUUUAAUGUGCAGAGAGGUCAGGGCUUUAUUGAUAAAGUGCAGAGAGGUCAGGGCUUUAUUGAUAAAGUGCAGAGAGGUCAGGGCUUUAUAGAUAAAGUGCAGAGAGGUCAGGGCUUUAUUGAUAAAGUGCAGAGAGGUCAGGGCUUUAUUGAUAAAGUGCAGAGAGGUCAGGGCUUUAUUGAUAAAGUGCAUAGAGGUCAGGGCUUUAUUGAUAAAGUGCAGAGAGGUCAGGGCUUUAUUGAUAAAGUGCAGAGAGGUCAGGGCUUUAUUGAUAAAGUGCAGCGAGGUCAGGGCUUCAUUGAUAAAGUACAGUCAGAUCAGGGCUUUAUUGAUAAAGUACAGUCAGAUCAGGGCUUUAUUGAUAAAGUACAGUCAGAUCAGGGUUUAUUGACAAAGUACAGACAGAUCAGGGCUUUAUUGACAAAGUACAGACAGAUCAGGGCUUUAUUGACAAAGUACAGACAGAUCAGGGCUUUAUUGAUAAAGUACAGUUUUCUCAUACAACUUUUUAAUCUUCUACAUCCUAUAAAAACAAAUACAACAAAUGUAUUAAAGCUUAUUUCAGUUAUAAUGAUUUCAAGGACAUAUUCUCAACUUAUGACAUCAGAAUGGUGAAGUAACCAAUUUUUCUGUUUUAUUUCAAAACAUGUACUCAGUUUUAAUUUUUGCAUCCAAAAACUGUUCACUUGAACAGAAAAAUAAAACUAGCUGAGCUUUGUGGUUUAAUAUACCCCUUCUAGAGAACAUGUGUGCUUUAUGAUGUUAUUUCAAUAGUAAAUUGAUGUUCUUUCUCGUUUAAUUUGAAGCUGAGAGAUUGGACGUUUUCUAAUAACAGAGGAUUUGACAUAUCUUUUAAUAUUUGUUAACGUAUUGUCUAACCAACCUAGAUUGCUUGUCAAUGAUUUUAAAUUCAGCUAUUGCUUGUUAACAAAGGCUUCCUGAGUGAAAAAAAAGAGUUGUGUAGUCUCAGCUAAAGUAAGAACCAGCAGUUUAUACUGUCUUGUUCAUACUUUUAAUGAAUCUAGUUAAGUUUUUUUUACUUUUCUUUAUUCUUACCAUGUUAAAUAACAUUUGAAAUCAAAUAUAAGCAAUUGAAGGAAACAUGAGUUAUAUAUCCUUCAUGAAUGUGCAUCGUUUUUACUUCAUUUCACAUGCACCUAGGGUUAAGUUACUGAUUUUUCAAUGUCAGUGUGUUAGCUUUCUUUUAUUAGUAUGAAAUGAUUUGGAACAGUGAAUAAAACUGAAAACAUUUAAAAAAAUGUUGGAUCAGACUACAAUUUUGAUAUGAAAUAUAAUAAAUUUGGUAUCACUGUUAUAUUGUAAUGUUAAAAUAUAAAAGCUGUUUUGGCUAAAUAUCUGGCUUAUAGUUAUUAAACUGUUUUCGUUUUUUUACCUUUUUUUCUAGAUCAGCGUUACUGUACUUUUGUAAACUGUUACUCCAGUGAGAAGUUUGAUAAAUUGCAGUAUUUUAUGACUUAAACUGUACUAAUGUAGUAAAUAAGAUUGAAAGGCAUAUAGUAAUAUGCACUAAGCAAAAGUAUUGUUGACUGUGCUGGAAAAGAUUUUUUGUUAUUGACUGGAUUGUUUCAUUUGUGAUUUUGAAAAAUUCUUGAUGAAUGUUUUUGUAUAUACAUAAUAACAUUUGUAAAUCUAUGUGAUGUGCAAAAAAAAUGUUUAUCUCAAAGCCCACAAGUUCUAAAUUUCUGAAGAAUUUAAAUAGUAUUUCACACAUAAAAUUAGAUCUUUUAAGAGUUGAGAGUAUAUUCCACUCUAUGAAAAAUUAUACUUUCCGAAUAAUUUUAUAGCAUGUUAGCCUUUUAACACAAAUCUAUUAAGAGAAAACAAAAAGAAAUGUGUAAAUGUAAAUAUGUUAUUUGAGACAAUCUUUCCUGUUCUGUUAACAAAUCUACUACAAAAGAUUUUAAAAAUUGGAGAACUAUGGAGAAAUUCUUGUGUUCUCUUACAACAGACCUUACUGUAGUGCCCUCUAUCCUUGAUAUUGCACACUACAGUCAACUGCUUCUCAUCAGUUUUGGCUUAGUGGUUAGUGUGCUGUACUGGAUCACAGUUGCUGCAUGAUUGUGCUCCAACUUUGGGGCCAUUUUAAGAGUGAUUUAGAGUUGGCAAUGAAUGUUGUUGACUAAUUCUCCUCCCUUUAGUCUGUAAGUUCAAAAUUAGGCCAAUUGCAGGUAGGAACUUUGAGCAAAUAUUUGAAACAAACCAACUUAUCAGUACUUAUAGUAUUUUGGCACUUGUGUAUAAAGUUAAAAUCAUAAAUAAUAUUCAACGUUAAACUAG